GUGGACUUCGAGUCUUUGGCUUCUCCCUCAUCACUAACAAAGUCAUCAUGGAUUAUGAAAGCCGUGAGAAAGCCAACCAUGAGGAGGCAAAAUGAAGCUGACUUUGGUGCAAAUCCUUUUCAUGCUGCUGCUGCUGCUCCUGGGCCUGGGGAUGGGCCUGGGGCUGGGGCUUCGGAUGGCCGCAGCAGUCCUGGAAGAUGGUGAUGAAUCUCUGAGUGAAUUUUGGUCCAGUGACUCCCAGGACAAGGCCAAGGCCACUAAGGAGGGAGAAGGCACCCGAACAACAGAAACCCUGCUGCUUAGCAACAAAGGGGUGGUCCAGCCUGCCUGGCCAGAAGACAUGAUCCUCCAUGAAGAUGAAGUUGGAGGAAACAAGAUGCUCAGAGCUGAGGCUCUCUUUCAGAGCAACAAAGACUAUCCCAGGCUUGAUCUGAUGGCCCGGGAAUGCAACGCCUUGAUGGCACACAAGAUGAAGGAGCACAACCACACAUGCAUAAGCCAGUACACAUUCAUCCAUGAGGAGCUAGAUACCGUCAAAGCUGUCUGCAAUGGUCCUGUUGUUGCCUGUGAGCUCCAGGGAGGCAAAUGUCACAAAAGCUCCCGUCCCUUUGAUUUGACAUAUUGCAAGUUAUCCCAACCAGGCCAAGUCACUCCUCACUGCAAUUACCUAACUUUCAUUUUUGAAAAGUUCAUUAUUAUAUCCUGUAAUGACAUGAAGGUCCAGGUAAUUUCAGGAUAAUGAAGCAACUUUCCUCUUCUUUUUCUUCACCUUCUCCUCUUCCUCCUUCCACUUCCUCUUUUUCAUAUUGCUUUCUUCCUCUUAGGUUUCUGGCAAAAAAGUUUCUGCCAAAACUUUUGAGGCUGGUCUAUUCUUUAUCAUUCUCCCACGAAA